CCCGCCCCGGCUGCCCGGCCUCCGCGCCAGUACUGGGGGAAGUAUGGAGGACGGGGAAGGAAAGCUAGCAUUGAGAAGGAGGGGAAAGAGCCCCGAGGGACAGGGCUUGGUCACAGCCCCACCGUCCCACUCCCUCUUGGAGCACGUCCCGCGAGCGACACUUCAUUCCCGGACUCCAGCCGCCGCCAGCCUCCGCCGGGUCUUCUCCUGCUGUAGUCGUGGCAGGUAGAGCGUCAAGUGCUCCACUGCGCAGGCGCGGAAAUACUUCUCAAUCUCCUCCUACUUUCACCCUUCUAUUGGCUGCUCCGCCGCGAACUAACAACCUCACUAUCCAAUCCGAGAGAGCCUCAAGUUGCUCCGCCUAUUCCCCCGCCCGGAAGUUGGUUACUGCCGAAUCCGUUUCGGCGAGGGCACGCCAGUAACCAAUUGGGAGAGGGGAUGGGCAAGCCGGCGCCGCCGAGGAGCCAAUGGCAGGCGGCAGAGGAUGACGCUGCGAACAUGCUGGUGUCGUCGGACAGGACGGGGACGUGUCUGGCUGCUCGGUAACCUCGGUCGGUGCCCAGGAAGCGAAGCAGCUGCCUCACUAGUAUUCGUACCACGAGGCGACGCAGCGGGCCCUCGGAAAGAGCGAGCGUCUGGGCCAUGGCUUAUCACUCGGGCUACGGAGCCCACGGCUCCAAGCACAGGGCCCGGGCAGCUCCAGAUCCCCCUCCCCUCUUCGAUGACACAAGCGGUGGUUACUCCAGCCAGCCGGGGGGAUACCCAGCCCCAGGAGCCGACGUGGCCUUCAAUGUCAACCACUUGAUUGGGGACCCAAUGGCCAACAUGGCUAUGACCUAUGGCAGCUCCAUCGCAUCCCAUGGGAAGGACAUGGUGCACAAGGAGCUGCACCGUUUUGUGUCUGUGAACAAACUCAAGUAUUUUUUCGCUGUGGACACAGCCUAUGUGGCCAAGAAGCUAGGGCUACUGGUCUUCCCCUACACACACCAGAACUGGGAAGUGCAGUACAGUCGUGAUGUGCCUUUGCCCCCGCGGCAAGACCUCAACGCCCCCGACCUCUAUAUCCCCACAAUGGCCUUCAUCACCUACGUGCUGCUGGCUGGGAUGGCACUGGGCAUUCAGAAAAGGUUCUCCCCAGAGGUGCUGGGCCUGUGUGCAAGCACGGCGCUGGUGUGGGUUGUGAUGGAGGUGCUAGCUCUGCUCCUGGGCGUCUACCUGGCCACCGUGCGCAGCGACCUGAGCACCUUCCACCUGCUGGCCUACAGCGGCUACAAAUAUGUGGGGAUGAUCCUCAGUGUUCUCACGGGCCUGCUGUUCGGCAGCGAUGGCUACUACGUGGCGCUGGCCUGGACUUCAUCCGCGCUCAUGUACUUCAUCGUGCGCUCUUUGCGAACAGCAGCCCUGGGCCCCGACAGCAUGGGGGUCCCGGCCCCCCGGCAACAUCUCCAGCUCUACCUGACUCUGGGAGCUGCAGCCUUUCAGCCCCUCAUGAUAUACUGGCUGACCUUCCACCUGGUCCGGUGACCCCCGGUCCCCACUGACACUGAUUUUUCCAUACAUUGAAGAUUUGGUUUCCUUGA